CGCUGCAGCCGUAGACACGAUCCAACAUGGCCGACAGAAGCUGAUGGACGGCGAAAGUUAGCGAUGAGCGUUGGUAUAAAACCUGCAUUCCUGCUCGUGUUUGAUGUAGAAAUUUGGACUUUGACGUGCGCCGUGACUGUAUUUUUACAUCCUGAAACGUGCCACACAUGAGCUGGAGGCUAAAGUUGAGUUUGUUCGUCUCCAAAGGCCUUAAACCGGGCGUUAGCCCGCAGCGUUAGCCACGUUAGCAGCCCAACCAGCGCCUGCUUUUGUUUUUGUCAGGAGGAGACGUUUCUGCGCCAGAGGGCUCAACCUGUGAAGCCUUUUUGCUUGUUUUUUUUGUUAACUUCGCCUUAAUUCUGAAGAGCAUUUAUUUGUAAAGUGGUUUGUGUAGCUAACAGAUUAACUCCGGAGCUUUUCGUAUUGUACCGCGGGUGGGGUUCAGCUGGACUGAGUCGGCCAACUCCUCAACAAAGCCAUACUUCCUACGAAGCCGACACGUACUCGCUUUGAGCCGCCGGACUGUGUUUUGAAUAAUAACACCACCGGGAACUAUGGAUUCUAGACGCGCACACGAUAAACCUCAUUCGAGCGGCGGCAACAGCGGCGACUCCAGCCCCGCGUCCCCCUCCGGCAGCCCCGCGCAGCCUUCGAGCGCCGCCCCGCUGCCGGCGGGCAACGUGUUCGCCAACGACGGCAGCUUCAUGGAGAUGUUCAAGAAGAAGAUGGAGGAGGAGGAGAGGAGGAAAAAGGAGUCGCGGCAAACAGGUGGAGAUGCCAGAGCCACCGAGCAAGGACAGAGCCCAGUGGAAAAGAAGGCCCCUCCCGUGACGAGCUUUGUGGGGAAGCGCAGAGGCGGUGUGUUCCUAAAGACCGGCAUUGUUGCCAAGAAGCAGAAACAGGACACAGAAGCUGAGCCAGGCCGGAGCGAUGCUUGGUCAAAGUACAUGGCUGAGGUGAAAAAGUACAAAGCCCACCAGUGUGGUGACGACGAUAAAACCAGGCCUCUGGUCAAGUAGGCUCCGAAAGGGGGGACAUGAGGCGACAGUGCUAUGAGGGGAAACCCACCUGGGAGAAGCUCCGGCCAGUCCUGUCCUUCUCAUACUGCCAGCUCAAGUUAUCCUUCACUUUUAAGUCUCUCACAAACUGCUUAGAUUGACUCACCCUUCUUCCUCUUUUUUUUUUUUUUUUAAAUUGUUUUUGUCUUGCUUGUCAUUCGUUGGACUCUGGUAAUUUGAUCUGGUUUCAAAAGGUGUUUCAUAAACUUGGCAUUGAUUGUUAAGUAUCUUCAAA